UUUAGAUAAAACAUAAAAGUACUUUCUUUCCGUUCUUUGAAAACCAUCCCCACCGGCCACCACCAUGUCAGAUGAUCCAUCCAAGGUGUCGGUGAAGAAUGCAGAUGACGCUGCCUCCAAGAUUGAGAAACUUCCAAAAAUCAGACUUGUUAUUCCCAAAAGAAGAAACGUUGGAAGUUGCAGCGGUGCAACUAAUUCCAAGACAACUGACGUUGGGACGAACUCCAACACAAUCUCCUUGGAUAAGAAGGAUGUCAACGAAAUUGUCACCGAGUCGCGCCCGCGUGAAAUAGGCAUCGAUGGUGAUGGUGAUAGUUGCAAGAAGGCAACGGGAACAUCAAAAAAUGAUGCACUGGCUAUUCCGACGAGCACUGGAGUAAAGAAAAUCUCCAUGGGUCCAAGUUUGAAGGACACAUCUAAAGAAGUUCUCCGUGGGUCCAAGUUCAAGGGCGAUGGACUUCAUGAGGCUCACAGAGAUUCUCAGCCUUGCCAGGUGGAUAACUGCAAUGUAGAGGGCGGAUUUUUUCAAGUGUGUGGAGGCCACAUGUGGUCUUUCGGUGUAUCUGUGAAUGGCAAACCAAGCACAUAUUGCCAUUCAUGUCACCUGUUUCAGAACGUCGAGGACUUCGACGAAGGGAUGCAUAGUUGCAAGAAGGCAACGGGAACAUCAAAAAAUGAUGCACUGGCUAUUCCGACGAGCACUGGAGUAAAGAAAAUCUCCAUGGGUCCAAGUUUGAAGGACACAUCUAAAGAAGAUCUCCGUGGGUCCAAGUUCAAGGGCGAUGGACUUCAUGAGGCUCACAGAGAUUCUCAGCCUUGCCAGGUGGAUAACUGCAAUGUAGAGGGUGGAUUUUUUCUAGUGUGUGGAGGCCACAUGUGGUCUUUCGGUGUAUCUGUGAAUGGCAAACCAAGCACAUAUUGCCAUUCAUGUCACCUGUUUCAGAACGUCGAGGACUUCGACGAAGGGAUGCAUAGUUGCAAGAAGGCAACGGGAACAUCAAAAAAUGAUGCACUGGCUAUUCCGACAAGCACUGGACUAAAGAAAAUCUCCAUGGGUCCAAGUUUGAAGGACACAUCUAAAGAAGAUCUCCGUGGGUCCAAGUUCAAGGGCGAUGGCUGUAUGAUGUUUCAGAAUAUUUCGGACUUUGAUCCAGGGAGUCGGAUUUGCAAGGGCCGGGCUAUGGUAGAGAAGGAAGAUGCACCAGAAUGUUAUCCGGGCAGUACGGACGAGGCUCUACAUUCAUCUAAGCUACUGAAGCUCACAGAGGAAAUGCACAGCAGCAUUGCUGACAUGGGGACACAACUGGUCCGUUUGGCUGAAGAUACUGAAAGAAUGCAGCAAGAUAUUGAACAAACGCAGCAACUAGUGCUCAAAGGUAAUAAAAAAUUGCGUCAAGAAGUACAAACAAGCAACAAGCGGCUGCGAGAAGAUAUGGAUAGAAGAUACGCUAACUUGCAAAAGAGCAUCCGAUGA